AACAACAACAACAACAACAACAACAACAACAUCAUCAUCGACAAUACGAGAAAAGUCUCUUUUUCUUAAUUCUCUAUUUUGUUAUUUUAUUUCAUUUUCAAGUCUAAAUCUGCCGACGCAAUAUACCUUCUUUUUUCUUUCUUUUUCCCGGGAGUCCAGAAUUCAAUCUAAACAUUAGCGACACACGAACGACAAACGAACGUCGACGACAUUAACAACAACAACCUCCAGCGCAACUUCUUCCCCUUCCAUAAACUUUCACUUACAUUUUGGUAUCGAACCUAAGGAAUCCUACUUGACUUUACAUUCCACCCGCCAAAAAUAACCUACUGUGCGAUAUCUACCUAUGGAUUGACCGUACGUACUCGACAUCAACAUUCAACAAUUCAUAGGACUAUCGAUUAUCAACUCCCGACCACCACUUGAUACAGGAAAUAUCCAACGAGAAUACAUAGAUCGAGAGCCAAAGGAUUUCCAUUCUCAACUCAACAACUUCAGCAGUGCUACAAAUACACAUUUUCCAAAUACUACCACUACAUUAAUUAUUGUUUCAUAUUAUUUGACGGGAAGGAUAAAGGUGAUUCACGACUUCUAACGACCAUUAUUGUACACGAAUUCCAAUCUCUUAGUCUUCUUUACAACCUGCAGCCUUCAUCAUUUGCUUUGCGAUCAACAUCCAAAUAAUCCAACUUUGAUUUAUCGACCUUUUGACGGCUAAACAAGUUUUACAUCAUUGUGAGGGGUCUGCAAGAGGUCAUUCUUUAUUUGUUUAUGGUCCACAACAAAAAUCGCAACAGCUGCAUAUGCUAUUGGUCACUAGUUUUGCAAGAUCGCAAGUCUAAGGAACGGAUGUUACCGCCAAGUAACAGAACGGCUUUAAGAUAGUGAGAAGAUACGACAACGAUACGAAUUCAAGACCGGACAGAAUCAACAAGAAUAAUAAUCACCACAGAUGUCGGAAUUACCAUCCUCCCCGCCUUCGGAUCCGGUAGAUGCGAUCGCGUACUACAAAUUGCAGUACGAGCAAUUGGAGAAUGAAUUGACGGAAUUUCAGGCGAGUUCGCAGGAGUUGGAAGCAGAGUUAGAGAAGGAUGUUGAAGCUGCGGAAAGAAGGGAAAGGUUAUUGCAGGAAAAGGUAGAGAGUCUGGGAUUUGAAGUGGAAGAAUGGAAGAAAAAGUAUAAGCAAUCCAAGAAUGAAGCAAAUGCUGCGCAGACUACUUUACAAAAGGAGAUCACUUCUCUGCGCGAUGCGAAUCGAACCAUGCAACUCCAACUUCGAGACAUUGAAGUUCAACAUGACGAUAUCGAGCGGCAAGCGCGAAAUACCUUCUCAUCCUUGGAAGACAUGGAAUCAAAAUUCAAUAUGUCUAUUGAACGAGGGGUGAUGAUGGAAGAAGAAAUCAAGAUUGGCGAAAAGGAAAGAGAACAGCUCCGGAUCGAAACACAACGUCUGAGAGAUGAGUUGUCGGACCUGAAAGUUGAGGCAGAUAUCAUGCAAGACAAGUUACGAAAACGACAAUUUCCAUCAAUCACAACAGAUUAUACUGCGCCAAUGACUCCCUCAUUUGAGCCCUUUGGAACAUCUCCUAGAUCCACAGCUUCUUCUCCGAUCAUCAACACUCCACCAGAUACCAAGUCUAUCUCAACGACAGAUACCGUUUCCGAAACCCCUACCCCUCCAUCUCCGCCCAUGUCAGAAGCAUCGGCGACUGCAAGACACGGACUAAAUACAUCAAUGAACCCACCCCAAACCAAUCUAAAACUCCCAGCUACGAAUGCAAGCGCAACGCCUAAACAAGGCCUAUCUCGUUACGUGUCUGGCACAGUUCGUAGUUCACGAGGCACAACACCGAACGGCAAUUCGAAAGCAAGAAGUGCGACACCAGCAGUGAUUCGCCAGACAAAACAAAAAGCACCACCUACACGCGGUUUACCGAACUCAACAUCCCUAACUCAUAUCAGAAGUCUGACGGCGCAAAUGCAGAGAUUAGAACAAAGAGUACAGUCUGCAAGAUCAAAAUUACCCGCGCCGGUCACUACUCCACCUCAUGCUAUACCGAGAACAAUAUCGGCUAUGGGUCAAAAUUACUUGCCACCAAGUGGUACGAUAAGGGGUAGGAAGAGAACUACAGGUAGUACUGCGAGCGCGAGCACUACAUCAUCUAUGACUGGAGAUGAACCUUCAGUAAAACACCUUCCUCGAGUCUCUGUAUCUGGAAUCAGCAGGCUUUCUUUUGGACCAGUUGCAAAUAGAGAUGGGAACGAUAGCAGUCAACAUAGUAGUAGACCACCCAGUCGACCAGGUAGUCGUGCCAGUGGUUCACUUUAUGAACGCCCACCGAGUCGAUCGACUCUCAGUCGCCCAGGCGCUAAGACGCCAGUAUCAUCUUACGCACAGUCGCAAGUUGUGGAUUCGAGAAGGGCGAAGAGUAGUAUGGGUGGAAAUUAUGGGGAUAGGCAUGGAGAUGGAAGACCUCAUACGUACUCACAGAGCGUAUCAUAUAUUGGCUACGGCGUGGACGAGAACCGGGAAUCUACCUAUACGACACCCGUUCGUAGAGGAACUGUGCAUGAGAGUUCGGGUGGCACACCACUAUCUUCGCUCCCUCGAAGGAAAAGCGGUGGACAAUCGUUAUCGAUGUCGGGGCUACCUAUGCCUAGGAGAACAAGCACAAGUCAAGGAUUUCGAGAGGAGGAUGAAAGGAUGAUUAUAAAUCCUAGACAACCAGCGGGACUCAAUAGAACGCCCACGGCACCAUCGGGAAGACAAAGGAAGUUGAGUGGUGUGGGAGAAUGUUAUUAAGCUCACUAGAUAAGAAGGAUGAAUGUGUUUCAUCCUCUUCACUUCAUCUGUAUACCGUUAUGGAGAAUCCGGGAAUUUGGGAUCAUAUUUGGGAGGACGUGGGAGAAGGGUGUAAACUUGGGUUGCGUGCAUUGGCUAAGGCGUUUGUUUGUUUUUCUCAACAUCGUGCGUGCAUAGCUAGGCGGACAUGGUAUGGGAAACAGUUUGGGAUUGAUACUGCUGCUAUACCUCUUUUUUUAUUGAUUUGCUCUGCUCCUCUUGGCUCGUUCCUUUUUGAUUUCCGGGAGGAGAGAGUUUUUCGUUUCAUUUGUACAUAGGGGAUGGAUGGUUGAUGAUGGGUUUGAUGUUUCAUUUGUUGGUGAGAUGAUGUGCAGGAGAGAUUGGAAUGAAUUGGGAAGGUGAUAUGGACGGAGAAAGAGCAUGGAUGGAUGGACGGAUGAAUGGAUAGAUGAGAUGGAAUGGAAUUUGAUGGGAUGGAUGGCUGGAAGUGAGCGUUACAGACACAGACAGACUAUAAGAAUGAAGGAAAUGAUUAUGAUUCAA